AUGAAACAUGCAUGUAUUAAUGAAGUAGAUGACAAGGAAGAAGAGGGUUGCUCUUCUCUAAAUUUGGAUGAUCCCGGGAAUUGGAAAAUUAUUGAUCAGAGAACAAGAGAUUACUUAGUUGAAAGGGGUCCAAAAAGAGUUGAUGACAUCUCGUUUCCGAAAGAUUUAAAAAAUGCUACCAGAGUUGGACAACUUGGUAACGAUGGAUUCAAAGAUUGGCAUAAUUUGCAUCGACUCGCCAAAAACACCUUGCCAUUUCGAGGAGAUGAUGAGAGGCUAAAUGUUGAGAACAAUGGUCUGUUUUUACAAAUGGUGAAAAUAGUUAGUGAAUUUGAUCCAAUAAUGAAAGAACACCUUCGGCGGGCUAAUGCAAAAGAGAUUCAAUACACGUAUCUUGGCAAAAAAAUUCAAAAUGAGUUGAUACAGUUGUUAGCUAAUGAGGUGAGAAAUGCAAUUGUCAAGAAAGUUAAACAUGCAAAAUAUUUUGCAGUUAUACUUGAUUGUACUCCAGAUGCAAGUCAUGAGGAGCAGAUGUCGUUAAUAGUACGAUUUGUAGAUGAUUCGGCAAACUUACCUAUAGUUGAAGAACAUUGGCCUAAAUUCUUGAAGGCAGAUGACACAACAGGACUUGGACUGACAACCGAGCUUCAAAAGGCUUUGAUCAAACUCGAUCUGAAUAUUGAUGACAUUAGAGGGUAA